GCGCGAGACAGCAGGGCGCCUGGAAACAGGUUUGAACAGCUCACAGUAACUCACGCGCGACGCACACAAAACUCUUUGCUCGCUUUUCAUAUUUGUUUUGGUAACCGCAGUCGCUCGAGGUCCGUGUUGCAACAAAACGUUUGCCACCGCACUUCCCGAAAAGUUUUUACUGGAGUAAGAUCCCGUUUGUCCGGAUAAAUCAACAAAGAGCGCGGGUGUCGCUUGCGGUCGAGCGCGCGGUGACACAGCGCUGAAGACGAUGGCCGCCGCGAUUUUCCUGCUCGCUUUGGGAAUACUGGGAGUGCGCGGACAGUACGGCGAGCGCGGAAUGUCGGUGCCCGAGCAUGGCUUCUGUCAGCCCAUCACCAUCCCGCUGUGCACGGACAUCGCCUACAACGAGACCAUCAUGCCGAACCUGCUCGGGCACACGAACCAGGAGGACGCGGGGCUGGAGGUGCACCAGUUCUACCCGCUCGUCAAAGUCCAGUGCUCGCCGGACCUCAAGUUCUUUCUUUGCUCCAUGUACGCGCCCGUGUGUACGGUUCUGGAACAGGCGCUGCCGCCGUGCCGCUCGCUGUGCGAACGCGCGCGUCAGGGCUGCGAGGCGCUCAUGAAUAAAUUCGGGUUCCAGUGGCCGGACAGUCUGGCGUGCGAGUCGUUCCCGGUGCACGGCGGCGAGCUGUGCGUGGGUCAGAACACGUCCGAGAGGAGCGCGCCCAUCAACCCGACCCCAGACGUGAUACUACCCACACCCGACCACGUCACAAGGGGGCAUUUCAAAUGCCCGGCGACCCUCAAAGUGCCCCCGUACCUCAACUACCGCUUUCUGGGGGAGGAGAACUGCGCCGCGCCUUGCGAACCCAAGAAGCUCCACGGGAUGAUGUACUUUAGCGAGGAAGAGCAGAGGUUCGCGCGCAUAUGGAUCGGGAUCUGGUCCGUCUUGUGUUGCGCGUCCACUCUGUUUACGGUUCUGACCUAUUUGGUGGACAUGAAGCGCUUUAGUUACCCGGAGAGACCCAUCAUAUUCCUGUCCGGGUGUUACACCAUGGUCUCCAUCGCCUACAUCGCCGGGUUCCUGCUGGAAGACAAAGUGGUUUGCAAUGAGAAGUUUGACAACGAGUUCCGAACUGUAGUGCAGGGUACCAAAAAGGAGGGAUGCACCAUACUCUUCAUGAUGCUGUACUUCUUUAGCAUGGCCAGCUCCAUCUGGUGGGUCAUCCUGGCGCUCACCUGGUUCCUCGCCGCCGGGAUGAAAUGGGGCCACGAAGCCAUCGAGGCGAACUCGCAAUAUUUCCACCUGGCGGCGUGGGCCGUCCCGGCCAUCAAGACCAUCACCAUACUGGCCGUGGGUCAGGUGGACGGAGAUGUCCUGAGCGGUGUGUGCUUCGUGGGCACCAACAGCGUGGACGCGUUGCGCGGCUUCGUCCUGGCACCGUUGUUCGUAUACCUCUUCAUCGGCACGUCGUUCCUCCUGGCCGGGUUCGUGUCGCUCUUCCGCAUCCGAACCAUCAUGAAGCACGACGGCACUAAGACGGAGAAACUGGAGAAGCUGAUGGUGCGCAUCGGCGUCUUCAGUGUGCUGUACACGGUACCCGCCACCAUAGUGAUCGCCUGUUAUUUUUACGAGCAGGCCUUCCGGGACCAGUGGGAACAGACAUGGACCGCUCAGUCAUGCAAGACGUACGCAGUGCCGUGUCCAGGUCACAAUCCUCAGAUGAAUCCGGACUUCACGGUGUUCAUGAUCAAGUAUCUCAUGACUCUGAUCGUGGGCAUCACUUCAGGGUUCUGGAUUUGGUCCGGGAAGACUCUCAAUUCAUGGAGAAAGUUUUACACGAGACUGGCGAACACUAAACAAGGAGAAACCACUGUGUAAACAUUCAGGUUUCUGAUGGAUACACAAAACUCUUUACAGAUGUACUGAAGUGUUGUAUAUAAAUGUGAUUUUGUAUUUAAGACUCAACUUGGAUUUCAAUCACUCGUGUUUUUUUAUAUAAUAUCAGAGGAACUUUUUGGCAGAACAUUUUUUUUGCAGAUUAUUUAUAAUGAUGUUUUUGGAGGUUUCCUUGGAAUAUUCUGGCUCUCGUGGGGAUACUUUUUCUAAGCCUGUGUGUGGUUUAUAUGUAAAACUAAUUUUUUUCCCCUUCGUCAGUAUUUCAAUGGGAAAAUAUUCACGUGUUGCUAAUACUGCUUGUGAAUUGUGCACCAGCACUUCAGGCCAUACCAUGGAAACAAUUUGGCUUUAAAUUAAAGCUUUAUGUUUCUGGGUGCAGAUGAAUUACUGGACUGGAAUAUUUUAUGGAGGGUAAGACUUUAAUUUGGAAAAAGGAGCUAAAACACAAGUACCUGUAAGUACCCACGGUUAACAUGGCUGAUGUUUCUAGCUGUUGAUGAAACUUAAGUGCCUUUCUUCAUUUUGGAAUCAUUGUAUUUGGACCGCAAUUUGCGUCAAAUCUGCACUUAUUUCUAACUCAAUGAAAUAACACAAUUCUUCUGGAUGUGUUUUCCUCGGUCUGUAAUUAACUUUGAUAAUGUUUUUCAAGUUUUUGUUGGUUUAAUGUGCCUGUUUUGCACAGAAGUGACUCUGAACAUACAGCGAGAACUGAAUGGACUGUGUUUCAAUGAACCACACAAAUAAUUUAAUAUUAGGGAUGAACCGAUGCAGGACAAAAGUUUUUGUUUACAUUUUAUAUAUACAUGUGUGUAUAAUAAUAAUAAUGUGUAUAUAUACUUACACACAUACAUGUGAAAGAAAAUAUAUAUUUAUAUAAUUACUUAAUAUUAAAAUGUAUAUGCACUUGUUAAAUGUUCUUAAGUUUAUACAUGCAAGUGUGUGAAUUUAUAAAUACAUAAUUACACACACACACACACAAAUAUGAUAUAAACAAAAACUUUUAUUCUGCUAGCGAUUUGUUGUGAUGAAUUGUUAUGCAGCCCUACUUUUUACUCACAAAAUCCUAAAAGUGCAGAGCAUACAAACUACUUGCUUGUGACCCAAUUCAAAAUAAUUAUAGGCCAACAUAUCGGUGCAUCCCUUUUAAAUCUAUUGGUCAUGAUUAGGAUUGCAAAUUCUGGGAUUAUUCAAGGCUGAAAACUUUCCAUGGGAAUAAACUGGAAAUUUGAAAAAAAAAUGCAGAGUUGCAUAUAAUAGGAAAUUUAAAUGUGGUUUAAAAAAUCUUCCCUAAAUUUCCAAAUAAUUCCCAUAAAUCCCUGUUAACUUUCCAACUUUCCGCCCCUUUGCAACCCUAGUCAUGAUGUGUGCAUUGGGAUCCUGACUUUGCCAAAACAGUAUAGUCGCUGACUUUAGGGGCGUUUGAGUUGUGAUGAUGACCCAUACAUUGACUAAGAAGAUAAACGAGCAGUUGUUUGAGAUCUGAUUUAGUGUUAAGUGUAAAUGCCACUUCCACAUUUUACCAACAACCCUGUUGAUGUGUAUUAAUUUUAUGUAAAGGGUGUAAAAUUUCUGUUAGUGUAACCUCAUCUAUGUGAACCAUAUCAUAGUAAUGUCACCCGUUAACUCUUAAUGUAUCGGUGGACCGCUACUGUUGCCCUGAAUCAGGGUUUGGUCACAUAUCAUCAUAUGCAUCUUACAGUUGAUUGUCUAUUGCAAAUAUCUUUCUUACAAAUGCAAAUGAAUGUUUUUGUUUCUCCAAAGGAGUUUAUGUUAAAAGAAAAGUAGAUGUGAUUACAGAAAAGCACUGUCAGGGUCCAUGGAAGAUGCCUGCUUUUAAAAUCCUGUGUUUCUCUGAAAUGCUUUAUGCAUGGAUUUAAAAAAGUAUUUAAUCACUUCUUAUAUUCAAAAUGUCUAUCGGUCUGUUCAUUUUGUUUGUCAUACUCCUGCUUGUAAUACUAUUAAAAGUCCUUUAUAUUUAUAGACAAUAGUUUAUAUAUUUACUUCUCUACAGAAUAAAGCUCACGUUUAUACAAAACGUUCCUGUAUUUUGACAAUUUAGUUUUUGUGGAGGGGACAGGUGGCUUUUAUUUUAUAAUCCUUUUUGUUGAAAGAUGUGUUUUGCAAAAGAGGUUGAUAUUAAUGUUGAAUCUGUGAAUUCAGUGGGUGGUUUGUGUUGUGUAAGAGAGAGGAGAUGAGAUAUGGCUUCAAGUCAUUUGUGCUA